CGUGGCGGCCCCGCCCCGUCGCCUGGACCAGCUGCGGCCGCCACAGCUACCGACGCCGCCGCCGCCGCCGCAGCCGCAGGGACCGGCGUGGACGCAGCAGAGGCGCGGGGUGCCCGCUGGAAGUUGUCCGGGAAAAACUACGCAUCUCCCCAGCCCACCAUGGCAGACGAAAUUGAUUUCACUACUGGAGACGCUGGGGCUUCCAGCACUUACCCUAUGCAGUGCUCGGCCUUGCGCAAAAACGGCUUCGUGGUGCUUAAAGGACGACCGUGCAAAAUAGUGGAGAUGUCAACUUCCAAAACUGGAAAGCACGGACAUGCCAAGGUACAUCUUGUUGGAAUUGAUAUUUUCACAGGCAAAAAAUAUGAAGAUAUUUGCCCUUCUACUCACAACAUGGAUGUUCCAAAUAUUAAGAGAAAUGAUUAUCAACUCAUAUGCAUUCAGGAUGGUUACCUUUCCCUGCUGACAGAAACUGGUGAAGUCCGUGAGGACCUUAAGCUGCCAGAAGGUGAACUCGGUAAAGAAAUAGAAGGGAAAUACAACGCAGGUGAAGACGUGCAGGUGUCCGUCAUGUGUGCGAUGAGUGAAGAAUACGCAGUAGCCAUAAAGCCCUGCAAGUAGACAGAGCUCCGGGCAGGCGGGAAUAAUCUAGGUCUGGAUCAAGCGCAGAUCUAAAGUUUGGUUCUAAGUCGUCACCAAAGCUAUGGCCUUCAUAAGCAACUUCAUGUUUUAUUUUUGUUUUGUUUAUUGUUUUGAAAUUGUGCUAGCUCAGUUUUACAGGCAGUUGGUAACUUAGAGAAAAUACCGAGAUGUAUAAUUUUUUGUAAGUAUCUUUCCUAUUACAUUCUUGUGAUUUUCAUUACGUGACUAUAAGCAACAGACGCAGCAGCUUCAGCAGAUGUCACUUGUCUGAGCAAUCACCCCUGAACGGUACUUAAAUGAUUAACAAACCAGGGUUCAAAAAUCAAACAAUGUAGCAUGCGGUGGACAGGAAGUACCACACGUUAGGUUGAACUGCUCUGUACUGAUUUCAGACUUAAUCAUGUAGCGUUCAUAUAUUAUGAAGGGGAGUUGUCACUGUUUCUGCCCAUGCAUGGCCAUCACAAGCUUUUAAACUCAAAUCAUGUUAUCAAAAUCUGUCACUUGUCUGGGUGGCCAGGUACAGCCACAUAAUACCUCGGUUGUGCUGCUCUUUGCCAAGUUGACACUGUCCUGGAGGUUUUGGUACCUGAUGUGGUUGACAGAGGGACACUGAACUGUUGGGUAAAUUGAGCAAGUCCCACAAAUGGUAAAGACCUGAAGGGCAGUGGCAGAGGAGGUGGUAAAAUCCAUGGGUUUUUAUUUAAGACCUUGGUAAUCAGCAUAAAGAACCAAAAGUGACAUUUAGUUGUAUUUUUGCUUUUAAUGUGUGCCCCAGCCUGCACCGUCAGCACUGGCGGGAGUGGCCUGUGCAGGAGCCAAGCGGUACCUCCACUCCAGCCAUGCUGAGCAAGCAUUCCUAUUGUCUGUUAGCUCUCCUUUCCAGCUGGCUCUACGUAUGUGUAUUUUCUGACAUCAGACUAUAAGUGGGAUGCCUUGAGUUGGUUUGGAAUUCUUGACUUUAAAUUGAUUUGUUAAAUUUAUGUACAUUUUUUUCUAAAGUAAAAUGAAAACAAAUCAUGAAAGAAAUGUUACCUAAUUUGAAAAUUAUAACUUGCCUUUUUAAGCAUACAUAUAUAUUUUCUGGUUCUCGUAUGACUUAAUUUGGUUUCUGAUGUGAAAUAUAACUAGGAAAGGAUUCUAGGGACUGAAUUAUUUAAAACUGUUUCAGAUGACACCUGUCCAUUUCUGUUUAGUCUUUUGGACUGUAUGUAUAUUGUGUCCAGAAUUGUAGGCAUAGUCCCAGGGUUUGUGAGGACCUUCACCAGAAUAGCAAACGUUGCAUUAGCGUGACACUUAAAACAAAAUCUCUCCCUUGGUAAUGCCUUGAUUCUCUAACACUGGCUCUCAGAUCUCUCCCAUCAAACCUGGACCUCAAAGGCCUUUUUUCCGUCAUCUAGAGGGAAAUCUAUGUGACAAUGCAACCAUUCUAAUUGCUGACUUGAAAUAGCAUUAGAAACACAAAUCCCAGGGUUAUAAUAGCUUGAUCUGUAUACAUUCUACAGUCUGGUCCUGGCCUCUGCAGACCCACCUAGGGAAGUGCAGGGAGGAGAGGUCUAAAGCACAAGAGGGUUGGUUUCAGUGUGACAUUGUAGCUUCUGCCCAUGCAAAGCACAACUAGGAAUUAGGCUGAAUUCCUUCCAGUAUUCAGUAUCUACUACAUACUGCUUUAGAUUUUUAGUAUGGUAACAUGUAUCUUACUUGUAUUGAUUAAUAUAUUAUCCACAGGAAUUCCAGAAGGCUGUUUGUCCUUGCUGUAACGGGUCAUUGUCUAGCCCCAGUUAAUAACACACUAGUGUUUUGAUUUAGUCUUAAUCCUGGAUUAACUUGCUCUUGUUCUUCCUAACUUGUCAAACUCCACAUAAAUAUAUGCUCAGUUGCAAUGUAAGGGUAUACAGACUAGAGUAAUACAUCUCUGUCUCCAUACCUUGAAUGGCAAAAGCUAUUUAUGCCUAAGUAUUUCGUUUUAAAUACUAUAUGAAGUGUAUAUACUCUAACAUAUAAGUAUAGAUUUUAAAGAUAUGGGACUGUUUAUUUUCAGAUAUGUCAGUAGAUGUUUCUCUAGAACAAAAUAUUUCAUUUAGUAAAGCUUUAUAAAUUAUAUUAAGAGGAAGCAGGGAACAUAUUUUUUAACAUAGAGCAGAAAUGACUUCAUUCUUUUUGACAUCAGAAGACUAUUAAAAAUUGAUUCCUAGUAUUUGUUGUACUUUUUGUAGCAGAUGUUAAAUUUCACAAGCACCAUGUACAGAAUGUAGCCUGUCAUGUUGAUAAAUUACCUGGUGAUAACUAUGUUUUUGUGUGUAUGCAUUUCACCGAUUUAUAGGCAGUAUUAAAGGCUGAAUCUUUGUUUCUAGAACAACAGGUUUUAUUUCUACUGUGAAGACUUUGUUACACUUUACUUGUUACAGUCGUACCCCCUCUGACCUAAAUCAAAUCCGUAGCCUUCACAUCAUAACUAGUGAUGUUUCUUUCAUGUUGCCUUCUAAGGGCUGCCAGUCACUUGAAGAAAUAGUUACCAACCAAGCUCUUGACUCCCUUAAUAGUACAAAUUUCUAUACCAGUGCUUUAUAUUAAUUACCAAAACUCUUGCAGCCAGACUGUGAUACCUUUAACAGAAGAUGCUGCAAUAACAAUGCUUGGGCUCUAGAAUUUGGGGACAGUGUUUUUCAUUACUGCACAAUGUGUGCAUAACUACACCUUGGCCUUGUCUGUUUGUUCUUUUUCUCAAAGUCCUCGCUGCUAUUAAAAGUACUGUAGUCUGGCAGUGCCUCAAAUGUUGGUAUUUUUUUAAUUUAUAAGUUUUACAGAAUUUGUUUUUGUAUUUUUAAGGUUUCUCAAUUCGAUUGUUUCUAGUUGGGCUGGAAUUUGAAUGCAUCAUUCUCAGGGUUGUUUGUGUCAAGAGCUGGUUUCAUUAUUUUAAAGCUAAAUGACUCAAAGUAGAUUGCAAAAUUUUUCCCCAAUCAUAAUACUGUUAAUACAUACAGAAAUCCUUGUUUCCGCAUAUUUAAGCUAUAUGGUAAAUGCUAAGAAAAACGGUGAAAUCAGUAGCAGCUAUACUGGAAUCUUGCCAUAACUUUUCAUUGUGGGAUACAAUUAGGUGGUACAAUGAGGAAGCCUACCUUUGGUUGCGUAUCUGAAUCUGAUGGCGGCAUUCCUUUGGUAUGAACCCCAAAGAAUUUUGGAGCCAGGCAUUGAUGUAGUAGUUCUGAAACACAGUCAAAGACGAUAGACUGGGCUUCAUAACUGCUUUGUGUACCUUAAAAUGUUUACUGAAUCCUGUAAUAUAACUAGGAACACGUUUGUUAUGAGAAAACACUGCUCUUGAGUACAAGAGCCAAACUGUACACCUGUGUCCGUAAACCUUGUAUUGUGCUGGUACUUUCAGACCUUCUGAUACUUAGAUAGUAUUUCAGAAUUCUCAAGCUCUUUUCUGUUUGCAUUGAGACGAGUAAUAGGCAACAAAGAUUUUUUUUUAAAUCUAUGAUGGAAGAAUCUUUAGAUUGAGAAAAUUUAAUAUAUUAACUUGAACCUGUUACAUUUUUUCUCUGAAUUGGGUACAUAGCAUCAUUAUUUGAUUGUAGAGGAAGCAUUUGGAUUUAGCUUACAAGAGCACAGAUGUUCUGUGGGAGCAGGGUCUGAAGUCGCUAUGUAAUCUAAUGUUUUUCCAUUAAAAAAAAAAAAAAAAAAAACACCCAGACGCCAACA